AUGGCGGACAGUAGGACUUUAACAGUGGUACUGGUAGUACUAUACGGAAUUCUGAAAGAGUUUAGGCCGUCAACGCCCUUCCUAACGCCAUUCUUGGAAGGACCUGACAAAAACUUGACAAACGAAGAGCUUUAUGGCCAAGUCUACCCUUAUUGGACCUAUUCUUACUUGGUUUUCUUGGUGAGUUGGUACAUGAAGAGGUAGGGUAGGGUAGGAUAGAGUAGGGUAGGGUAGAUUGUAGUUCUUCCUAUCAUGUUUUUAGGAAUUUAAGUGUAAACUGUUUUUUGUCUAUGAUAUUUAACUACAAAAUACUUUUAGAAAUUAAAAUUUGGUUGCAACGUUUUGCAAAAUUCGUAUUUUACCUUCAGAUUCCAAUAUUUAUCAUCACAGAUCUCUUGAAGUACAAGCCGGUGGUUGUGAUAGAAGCUGCUGCUCUUACAACAACAUGGGCACUACUGGUGUUUGGAAAUACAGUUUGGCAAAUGCAAAUCAUGCAAAUUGCCUUUGGUAUGUUUAGGUUUUAUUUUUAAGUGUCAGACUGCGUAUUUUGCUAUUUUUAUAUUGCUAUUUCACCCUAUUCUACUCGAUUCUACCUUACCCUACCUCACUCUACUUUACUAUACCUUACCCUACCUUACCCUACCCUACCCUACCCUACUCUACCCUACCUUACCCUAUCCUACCCUACCCUACCCUACUCUACUCUGCUCUACCCUACCCUACCCUACCCUACCUUACCCUACCCUACCCUACCCUACCCUACCCUACCCUACCCUACCCUACCCUACCCUACCCUACCCUACCCUACCCUACCCUACCCUACCCUACCCUACCCUACCCUACCCUACUCUACUCUACUUUACCCUAUCUACGCUACCCUGUAUUGUUUUACCUCUACCCUAUCCUAUCUUAUUCUACCUUAGUCUACCGUACCUUAUCUUAUCUUGCUCUAUCCUACUUUACUUUACUCUGCCGUACUCUGUCUUACUUUACCUACUUUAUUUUAUCCUACACUGCCAUGCUCUGUUUUGCCUGCUAUAUCUCACCCCAUAGUUUAAGUUAUUCUACCCUACUUAACCCUAUCACUUUAAAAACUAUUAUUUACGUUAGCUUACUAUUCUACUGUGCUUUGCUCUAUUUUACUAUUUUUUACUGUAUAUUCUUUUGCUUUAUCAUACUAUCUUCUGUACCCUACUAUAAAUUUUCGAACUUUUUUAAUAAGAAAAUGUCAGUUUAGGUCUGGCAACAUCGGCUGAAAUAGCAUAUUACUCAUAUUUAUAUGCAGUUGUGGACAAACGCAACUUUAAGAAGGUCACUGCCUACAUACGAAGUGCUGUUAUGUUGGGGAAGUUUUUUGGUUAUACGGUAGCACAAACUAUUGUAUCAUUGGAAAUAGGAUCUUAUCUACUUCUUAAUCAGGUAAAAUACGAAAGUUCGUUUUUUAAAUACAGUAUUCUCUUGACAUAGACAACGGUAGUACAAAUUAAGAAUUUUUUUUAUUUUUAAAAUUUAAAAAAAAUUUCAAAUAUAAUUUUUUCAGAUCACCUUAGGCUCAGUUACAGUAACCCUAAUCAUCUCUCUCUUUCUACAGUUCCACAAAACUCCAGAUAACACCAGAAUCGCAGAUUCUGUGCAUCCCAACGAUGCCGACUUUCACGAAGCUCGUACUCAAAAUACAGUACCUCGAAUCAGUACCAACUUGAUCAGUGAAUUGCUCGAAGCCUUCCGUGACCCGACCGUUUUGUCUUGGUCGAUUUGGUGGGCUUUAGCCUCGUGUGGCAUGUUCCAGGUCCAGAAUUACUCACAAAGUCUGUGGGCACCAAUGCAAAAGGAUGGCCAGUUCAUGGGGAACGGUUUGAUGGAAUGUGUCACUACUCUUUCUAGUAGGUAUUUGUUAAGGUUUUGGGAAGAAUUUGAUUUUUUUUUAAAUUUUAAGUGAGGUAAGGUAGGGUAGGAAACAAUGGUUAAAGUAGGGUAGAGUAGGUAAAAACCUAAAAUUGAUUUUUUACUUGGAAGGAAAGGGGGGUUGACGUGGAAGGACAUACUUAUAUUUAAGGCAGGGUAGAAUAACGGCUAGCAUUGGGCGUUGGGGUUGAUGGACAAUGUGUAUGUUUCAAAAGGUUAAACUAACUUUUGUGAUAAGUUUAGAAAGCGGGCGUGGGUAUUUUUAAAAAUAAGGAAAGAUAUAACGGUAGGGUAGUACUAAGCUUGACUAUAUUAAGGUAGGGUAGGUAAAAAGUGGUUAACGUAAGAUAGGGUCGGGUGGUACUAAAGCAAUGUUAAAGAGAAGGGCAUUGCAGGGCAAGGCAAGGAUAUGCAGGGCAGCGUAGGGUAAGGUAAGGUAGGGUAGGGUAGGAUAGGGUAGGAUAGGGUAGGGUAGGACAGGGUAGGGUAGGAUAGGGUAGGGUAGGGUAGGGUAAAGUAGGGUAGGGUAGGGUAAGGAGGGUAGGGUAGGGUAAGUCAUGUCUAGUCAAUUCAAGGUACCGGUAAGGUAUGACCGUAAAAUUUGUGGUACGGUAAGGUAUGACCGUAAAAUUUGUUUUUCAGGCACUCUCCUAACCUUUGGCUUACAGUACACUUCAUUUGACUUCAAAAAGCACUCUUCUACUGUAUUCCUCAGCACUUCCAUCUUCUCUGCUAUUCUCCUAGCAGGCAUGGCAUCAAUUCAAAUUAUUUGGUUCUCUUAUUUCUUCUACAUCUUCAACCUUACCCUAUACCAUGUUCUAAUAGCAGCUGCUAGUAAUACGAUAGCUGCUCAACUACAUUCUUCAAAGUACUCUCUUAUCUUUGGUUUCAACACGUUUGUAGCACUAAUACUACAGACGGGACUGACAUUUACUGUAGCUGAUAAGCGAGGACUACACUUGCCAAUUGUGACACAGUUUUACGUUUACAGUGGUUACUUUGCUAUCUUGGCACUGUUGUUUGUUCCAUUUGCUGUUUUUGGGAAACGACUGGUCGAUAAUGAGAAGGGAGAUGAUAGUGAGCUUAAGGAGGAGGAGGUGUCUUCAACUAGGUGUUGA